AUGUCUAUUGAUCUCGAAACGGCAUACGUAUACACGCUAAUUCACCGUCAUCCCUACCUUCCGUUGUACGAUUGCUCGACGAAAACCCUCGAAGAGUGGUACAAAACGGGAUCGGUUAACUGGCCCAUAGGGCUGUAUUUCCUGAUUACAGGCGUCAUGCUCGAGGUACUCUAUUGCCCAUGUUUGGUGGCUAUGUACAAGCAGAAGCUGCUCAGUGCCUCUUGCUACAAAAUUAUGUUCUUUCUGGGAUUUCUUGAUAUGUUUUCAAUUUUUACAAACUCUAUUAUGACCGGCUACUUCGCAAUACAAGGAGCUGUGUUUUGCACGAAUCCUGUCUUUCUUCUCACACUGGGAGCUUUCGGUUGUGGUGUGGUUGUGGGACAAACAGAAUCUACCUUUACAAAAAACUACAAUAAAGGAUGA